AUGUCGACUACACAGACCGCCAUCGCGGAUCCGACUCAGUCAUAUCCGCUGACUGAGCUUAGCCCCGACUCUACGGCGAAGGACCCCGAAUCAUCUUCAGAGCAGCAACUCUCUGAAGCUGCAGUCGUUGAUCGCGAACCGGCUACCCCUUUUCUAAAACUGAUCGUUGCUGGUUAUUCAUUCUUCUGCGCUGGUGUCAGCGAUGGUACUUUGGGACCUUUAAUCCCAUAUAUCUUGAGUAGCUUUCACAUUGGCACCGGGGAGAUCGCAAUCAUUUAUGCGACGACAUUCGCAGGAUGGCUUCUCGCGGCUGUCACAAACCCCAUUUUGAUAGCACACUUGACGCUUGGCCAACUCCUCUUCGUCGGCGCCAUUCUCCAGCUCAUCGCCCAAGCGCUACGUCCAUGGAGCUCACUCGCAGUAUUCUGCGUGUCGUUUCUCUUCCAGUCUCUGGGCAUGGCGUAUCAAGAUGCCCAUUCCAAUACAUUUGUCAGUAACUUGAACAACGUGCCGCAUCGAUGGCUAAGCUUCAUCCACGCUUGCUAUGCCCUUGGCACUUUCAUCGGACCCUUGAUUGCUACUGCGAUUGCGAACAGCCCUAAUUCGCUUGCCAUUGAUGGCUGGAAACGGGUGUAUUUUGUGCUGAUUGGGGUCAGUGUCAUCAAUGUGGCCGGGGUCAUGGUCGCGUUUCGCGAUACCCUCUAUAGCAGACUCCAUACCGAGAAACAGUCUCGUGGCAAUCGAUUGGCGUUGAUUGCUAUGGCAAAGCUCCUCAAGUCGAAGAAGCUGUGGCUUCUAAGCUUAUUCUACUUUUUCGAGCUAGGAGCCACAUUCACGGCUGGCGGUUGGGUUGUCGAGUUCCUCACGACUGUCCGCGGGGGAAAGUUGUCCAAUGUCGGUUAUAUCCCCACUGGAUUUUAUGGCGGGCUGUUAGCAGGGAGGCUGCUUCUUCCUGAGCCAACGUUCCGGUUCGGCGAACGGAGGAUGAUCCUGAUCUACAGCAUCCUCUGCGCGGCGCUUCAGUUGGUAUUCUGGCUGCAACCUAGUAUCAUUGGUAGCGCGAUUGCAUUAAGCUUCAUUGGGUUCUUCUCGGGACCAUUUUUUGCCACGGGAAUGUCAGUCGCCUCAAAACUAUUCCCUCGUGAAUCUCAGCCUGCAGCUCUGGGCUUCAUCUUCGUGUUGGCACAAGCUGGCGGUGCCAUAUUUCCAUCGAUUACAGGUCUCAUCGCUACCCACGCUGGUGUAGCUGUUUUGCAGCCUAUUGUUCUCGUGUUAUUUAUAGUGGGUGGGAUUAUAUGGUGGUUAGUGCCUAAUGUCCCGAGUCGAAAUGAAUAA